UAUCACUCAAGCAUUAUUAUAUUGCACGAUGGCAGCCCUUAGUACCAAUACCCUUGAAAACAAAUUUGUGGAGCUAAAAGAAGCAACGGAAACACUCCUAACCUCACGCCCCAAGAUACAAAAGGUGGCAGAGUAUCUCCGAAACAGAGAGAAAUUUAAGAAGCAUUACGUACCCAGGUUGGUGUCAAUGGGUCCCAUACAUCACGGUGAUGAAAAUCUGGAGUUAGGAGAGAAGUAUAAGCUUAUUUGGGCGGAGAAGUACAUCGAAAAAUUUAAACUAAAUCCAAACACUCUAUACCAAAGAAUUGCAGAUAAUAUUGUUAAUCUGAAGAGUCUUUACGCCGAAGAAGUUUUAACUUUUAGUAAAAAAUAUCCAAAAGGCAUCGAUAAUGAAGGGCUGUCUUGGAUGUUGUUUGUGGAUGGAUGUGCUCUGCUUUUUAUAUUGGGGAAAUCCAAGCCAGAAAAAACAAAAGAUAUGAAUAUUAAGGUUGACCAACUUGUUCUUGUGAUGAUGGAUGUGCUUUUGUUGGAGAAUCAGCUUCCUUAUUUAGUACUGAAGCUGCUGUGGAAAGAUAAUUCUGAUGAUAGUUUGUUGAAAGAUAAUUCUGAUGAUAGUUUGAUAAAAUCAAUGAAGAAAUUUCUUGAACGUUGUAAUUGGCCCACACUAAAUCCUAAAGGUAGAACAAAAAAAAGAAACCAACAUCAACAUAAAGUAGAUAUACCGGACGUGGCACAUGUACCGGACGAGUCACAACCACCCACUCAUCUUCUUGAUCUUCAGCGAAAAAUGAUCUUGCCUAAGGCCGAAGUUGACAAAGUAGCUGGAAAUUACAUAAUGACGACAUACGGGAACAUACAGGAACUAACAGCAUCAGGGAUAAAACUGAAGUCAAGCCACACAUCAAGUCCAGCAGACAUAGGAUUCGACAAGGGUUUGUUCGGCGCAACAUUGGUGCUUCCUGAUCAUUGUCGACGACUCAACAGCCACUACAUUUCUCAACCUCAUAGCAUAUGAGACCUGUCUUGAUUUUCGGAAUGAUUACACGAUAUGUUCUUUUAUAGAUUUCAUGACCUCGCUCAUCGACCACCCUGAUGAUGUGAAAGAAUUGAGAUCAAAAGAGAUUUUGCUCAAUUAUUUUGGCAGUGAUAAGAAAGUUGCCGACCUAUUUGACUUCUUAGGUACUGAUGUAGUACUUAACACCGAAUCAUAUUCAGAAGUUAGAUGUAAAUUACAUGAUCAUUAUUGUAGUAGAUGCAAGACUUGGAUAGCGUUGGGUUUGCACAACUAUUUCGACAACCCUUGGG